CGCUGAGGCAAAUGUUGUGGGGGAAAAGGGCAGUGGCUGUAGCGGCCAUUUCCGCUUCCAGGGUUCCUACCAGGCCCCUCAGGAUUCCCUGGAAGGAACAGAAGGCUGUUGAAGCUCCAGGGCUUACCUGUUUCCUGAGUUUCCUGAGUUUGAAGCUGUAUGUUUGGGAGCAACCACAGGUCAUUAAGCACUUCCACAUGGAGGCUGGCACAGGACCCAGCUCGAGACGCACAGCUCAUAACAGUUGAUGAAAAAUUGGAUAUCACUACUUUAACUGGCGUUCCAGUAGAGCAUAUCAAAACUAGAAAAGUCAGGAUCUUUGUUCCUGCUCGCAAUAACAUGCAGUCUGGAGUAAACAACACAAAGAAAUGGAAGAUGGAGUUUGAUACCAGGGAGCGAUGGGAAAAUCCUUUGAUGGGUUGGGCAUCAACGGCUGAUCCCUUGUCCAACAUGGUUCUGACCUUCAGUACUAAAGAAGAUGCAGCUGCCUUUGCAGAAAAAAAUGGGUGGAGCUAUGACAUUGAAGAGAAGAAGGUUCCAAAACCCAAGUCCAAGUCUUACGGUGCAAAUUUUUCUUGGAACAAAAGAACAAGAGUAUCCACAAAAUAGGUUGGCACUGACUAUAUUUCUGUGCUUGACUGUGAAUAAAGUCAGCUGUGCAGUAUUUAUAGUCCAUGUAUAAUACAUUUCUUAAUCUCCUAAUAAAUUCGACCUUUAAUCACA